GAGCGUCACGUGACCCGAUCAGGAAGUGACCGAGAGAAAUGUUGUUCGGUGUCCGGUGAACGGAGCGCUGCUGUCCGUUGUUCGUUCCGACUCUCAAACCUUACAAACGGAAGCCCGUUCGCGCUCAGCCGCUGUCUGUUAGAGCUCUCACCUACAGCUGCCGAGCGCUGUGGCCAGCAGGAUGAGUUCAGACGGAGGCGGGAAGCCUGUGAAGGUGGGCUCUCUGGUGGAGGUCAUUGGGAAAGGUCAGCGUGGGACCGUGGCCUACAUCGGCGCCACCCUCUUCGCUUCGGGGAAAUGGGUGGGUGUCAUCCUGGAUGAAGCCAAGGGCAAGAACGACGGCACGGUGCAGGGGAAACGCUACUUCACCUGUGAGGAGAACCAUGGGAUAUUCGUCAGGCAGUCUCAGAUUCAGCUCAUCGAUGAAGGAGGCAGCUCCGCUACUUCUCCAGAAACACCUGACUCAGGCGUGGCCAAGCUGCUCAGGAAAGAAGUCCAGGAGACGCCAAAAUCUGUUAAGCAGACUCCAACAGCAAAGAAGCCUCCUAUACGUCGUAGUACCAAGGCGGGUCGUCCCUCUGUUGGAGGGUCGGGGCUCUCCGAGUCGGUUUUAGCCGAGAAUGAGUCUGCAGCGUCUUCCCAGAUUGCACUGGGAGCUCCUGUCGUCCCACAGCCCAGCGGCACACCCAGCGCCCCUCCUCCUGCCACCCCCAGCAAGGAGGAGGAGAGUCUCCGAUCUCAAGUCAAGGACCUGGAGGAGAAGUUGGAGACUCUCCGGAUGAAGCGCUCGGAGGAUAAAGCCAAGCUGAAGGAGAUGGAGAAGCACAAGAUCCAGCUGGAGCAGCUGCAGGAGUGGAAGAACAAGAUGCAGGAGCAGCAGAACGAUCUGCAGAAGCAGCUGAAAGAGGCCAAGAAGGAGGCCCGCGAGGCUCUGGAGGCCAAAGACCGCUACAUGGAGGAGAUGGCCGACACGGCGGACGCCAUCGAGAUGGCCACGCUGGAUAAAGAGAUGGCCGAGGAGCGGGCCGAGUCCCUGCAGCAGGAGGUGGAGGCUCUGAAGGAGAAGGUGGAGGAGCUGACCAUGGAUCUGGAGAUCCUGAAGCACGAGAUCGAGGAGAAGGGCUCGGACGGAGCCGCCUCCAGCUAUCACGCCAAGCAGCUGGAGGAGCAGAACGGCCGGCUGAAGGAGGCCCUGGUCAGGAUGAGGGAUCUGUCGUCGUCUGAGAAGCAGGAGCACGUGAAGCUCCAGAAACAGAUGGAGAAGAAGAACUCUGAGCUGGAGACUCUGAGAGCGCAGAAGGAGAAGCUGCAGGAGGAGAUGAAGCAGGCCGAAGCCACCAUAGACGAGCUCAAGGAGCAGGUGGAUGCAGCUUUAGGAGCCGAGGAGAUGGUGGAGACUCUGACGGAGAGGAACUUAGAUCUGGAAGAGAAAGUGCGGGAGCUGAGAGAGACCGUCAGUGACCUGGAAGCGAUAAACGAGAUGAACGACGAGCUGCAGGAGAACGCUCGAGAGACGGAGCUGGAGUUGCGUGAGCAGCUGGAUCUGGCUGGGGCUCGGGUUCGAGAGGCUCAGAAGAGAGUGGAGGCGGCACAGGAGACGGUGGCCGACUAUCAGCAGACCAUCAGCAAAUACAGAGAGCUCACCACUCACCUGCAGGAAGUGAACCGAGAGCUGACCAACCAGCAGAGCAGCUCGGCCGAGCAGCUGCAGCAGCCCACCGCGGAGCUCUUCGACUUCAAGAUCAAGUUUGCUGAGACCAAAGCUUACGCCAAGGCCAUCGAGAUGGAGCUCCGUAAGAUGGAGGUGAAUCAAGCGAACCGUCAGGUGUCUCUGCUGACGUCCUUCAUGCCCGAGUCGUUCCUGAGACACGGAGGAGACCACGACUGCAUCCUCGUGCUGCUGCUCAUCCCCAGACUCAUCUGCAAGGCGGAGCUGGUCAGUAAACAGGCGCAGGAGAAGUUUGACCUGAGCGGUGUUUCUCCGGAGCGCUCUGGACUGAGAGGAGCCGCUGGGGAGCAGCUGAGCUUCGCCUCCGGGCUGGUUUACUCCCUCACACUCCUCCAGGCCACGCUGCACAAAUACCAGCUGGCUCUGUCUCAGUGCUCUGUGGAGGUGUAUAAGCGCAUGGGCACGCUUUACUCUGAGAUGAGUGUUCAUGAGCGCUCUCUGGACUUCCUCAUCGAUCUGCUGCACAAAGACCAGCUGGACGAGACGGUGCAGGUGGAGCCGCUCACCAAAGCCAUCAAAUACUACCAGCAACUGUACAGUGUUCAUCUGUCAGAUCAGCUCGAGGACUGCACCAUGCAGCUGACCGAUCACAUCAAGUUCACCCAGAGCGCUCUGGACUGCAUGGGGUCAGAGGUCGGCCGUCUGCGGGCCUUCCUGCAGCCGGGACAGGAAGUGGCCGAGCUCUCUGUGCUCCUGAAGGACCUAGACACUUCCUGUGGAGACAUCGGUCAGUUCUGUAAGAAGAUCCGCCGGAGGAUGCCGGGAACAGACGCCCGGGGAUUCCUGCUGCGCCAGCGUGUGUGUGAGCAGGUGGGCGAGGCGCUGGCUGACUGCAGGAAGCAGCUGACCCGUGUGGUGGCGGUCCUACAGGAAGUAGCAGCGGCAGGAGCUCAGAUGAUCGCUCCGCUGGCCGAGACUGAGGGACUGCCGCCGCUCAAGAUCGAAGAUGUGCUGUUCAAGGCGGUGGAUCAGGUGUUCGGCUCUCAUGGACUCAAUGCGUUCGAGUGUCUGCGUCAGACCUGCGCCGCUGUCAUCGCCACCAUGAACAAGAUGGCCACUGCCAUGCAGGAGGGAGAGUAUGACGCCGAGCGGCCACAGCGCCCGCGCCCGCCGGUGGAGAUCCGCGCCGCCGCAGUCAGAGCCGAGAUGACCGACGCCGAGGGUCUGGGGAACAAGCUGGAGGACCGAGAGACCGUCAUCAAAGAGCUGAAGAAAUCCCUCAAGAUCAAGGGCGAGGAGCUGAGCGAGGCCAAUGUUCGUCUGAGUUUACUGGAGAAGAAGCUGGACACGUCGACGAGAGACGCAGACGAGCGAGUGGAGAAGAUCCAGACCAAACUGGACGAGGCUCUGACCCUGCUGAAGAAGAAGGAGAAGGAGUUUGAGGAGACCAUGGAUGCGCUGCAGGCCGACAUCGAUCAGCUGGAGUCGGAGAAGGCGGAGCUAAAGCAGAGGAUCAGCAGCCAAUCACGAGCCCCCGAGGGUCGUGGACCGCAGGCGUCUGGAAUCGCCUCCAUCGUCACGGGAACCGCUGCUGGAGGAGUUGCGCGUGUCGUGAGUGGUGUCUCAGGUGUUCUUCAGGUGGUGGACUCUCCUCUCCUCAAACAGCAGAUCGACGUCAGACUCGCCAUCAAACAGCUGAAGAGUGACAACUACCGGCUGAAGGCUGAGAAGAUGCGAGCUCAGCUGUCGUCUCUUCCUCCGCUUCAGCCGGUGAAGAUGACGGAGGUGAUGAAGGAGGCUCCGGCCGGGUCUCUGUACCGCAGGACGGACCUGCUGCUCAACAACCUGCUGAAGAUGAGCGCCGGCCUGCGAGUCGUCGACAUCAGCGGCAAGACUCCGGUGAGUGCAGGCGCUCAGCUCCUGGAGCAGACGGCCAGACUGGAAUCUCUGAGUGACACGCUGGACAAACUGAAGGCUGAAGUGUCACAGCACGUCGUCUCUCAGCAGCCCGGAGCUCGUGUGUCUUCAGACUUUGCCUCGUUCCCCUCCGCGUCUUUUCCAAAGGCCCAGGCGGAGCAGCGGAGCGGCUCGGUGCUGGUGGGGAAGGUGAUGAUCCCCGCUCGUGGCUCGGAGCAGACUCACUGUCUGGUUCUGUCCCAGCAGCAGCUCCAGCGCGUGCACCGCCUGCUCAUGACGUAAACACACUCCACCCACCACCCCUCGCUCUCAGGAAACAUCGCUCGUCUUCUCCAGCAUCUCAGCAUCUCACAGCCACGGGGUCAGAACUGUCAGAAACUAGUGGAAUUUUUUGGGAUUGAGAGGAAAAGAGUUCUGACUCUCUGAGUUUAUUCUUCACAAGCUUGAAUUGUGGCAUAAAAUCUAAGAUAUAAAAAAAAAGUCAGAAUUGCAAGAUAGUUGUAAUUAAUUUUUAUUCAGUUGGGAAACAAAAUGAAUUUCAGAAUGACAGGAAACAGUCAAGAUCAGCAAGAAAGUGAUCCAGAGUUCAUCAUCGUUUUCUCAGAAUUUACUUUUUGUGGCUAAAAAAAAAUGCGAUUCUGGCUUUUUUUUCCUCAUCAUUUUUGAGAUCGAUGUCACACGGUGCAAAUAAAUAGAAAUAAAGUCUG